CACUUUCCCCGCCUCCGCGUCCCGGCAGCUCCGGCCGCCUCGAGCCCGCGCCGCCCACCGCGGUGCCGCCACUCCCCUGCCGGGCGCCGCCGCUGCAGCCGCGCCGAGUGCGAUGCCGCCGCCCCGGGCCCUGUGCGCGGAGGCCGGCGAGAGGGCGGCCUCGGCCUCGCGGGGGCCCAGCCGCGGGACCGAGCGUAGGUGCUGCGUCUCACGCAGGUCGGCGGCCACCGCUCCCGGGACGGAGCGCGACCCGGAAACCGGCCGGUCCGGGAGGGAAGUGCCGCCCCGCGCGCGGAUGGUAGAAGGCGGACAGGAGGCUCUGAAGAGCCGUUGGCGAUGGAUCGCUUGCCUGUGACCCGGAAGUGCAGCCGGGAGGGUUAGCGCAGACCGCGGUGCCCGCCUGCCGAGCCUGAUGCUCUGGAGCCCAGGGCCUGGCGGUGCGGACGGAGGAGCCGGCUGGCCCGACCAUGGUCACGCUCAUCACCGAGAAGCUGCAGAACCAGAGCCUGGACGACCUCGCGCACCCGAGCUGCGAUGCCAGCCCGCUGCCGGAAGGGCCGGUCCUGGGAAGUAGAACGCAUGUGGCCAUGAAGGAGCCGUGUGGGCGCGUCCUGACUGGCGUCUCCUGUGAACGUCUCUCCUGUCACUCGCAGUGUUCGGCCGAGAAACGGAGCAGCAGAAGUGGCCGCGUGUUCCCUUUUGAGACCAACGGAGAGAGGCGCCCCUGGAAGGCCCUGAGUGGAGGGUGGCCCCUCAGGAGCCAGGCGGCCGCGGGCCCCGCCCUCGCCUUCCCGCCAGGCCCCUGCGGGGUGAGUGCGGUCAGCGCCGUGGACCUCAGGGAGAGCUCGGGGCCGCCCCUGGCCCCGCCCAGCAAGCGACACUGCCGCUCCCUGUCGGAGCCGGACGAGCUGGCCCGCUGCCGGUCCCCCUGGCGCCCCGGGGGCUCCAAGGUCUGGACUGCUGUCUCCAAGAGGCGCUGCCACAGCGGCGGGAGCACCAGCCUGCCCGGGAGCGCCCUGCCGGCCGCGGGCCCCAGCUCCCCGCCCACGCCCCGGCCGGCCUCCGCCAGUGGCGGCUGUGUGGACGGCGGGUGCGGCUCCGGGCCGCCCUGGGGUCCUCCAGAGCCCACCCUGUCCUCCCGGCGCCGCCUGUCCCUGUCGCAGGAGCACCUGCUGGACGCAGACACCCCGUCGUCCGCACCCGUGCUGGGCUGGCGGCUGGGCCUGCUCCGGAGCCGCUCGCAGCCCUGUGUGCUCGUCGGGAGGAAGAGCCGCCUGAAGCGCCCGCGGGAGGAGGACCCUCGGUGGCCGCGCCCGUCCCUGGACUUCCUGAAGAUGACCCGGACGUUGAAGAACUCAAAAAGCCUUGGCUCCCUCGACUGCGAAGGUGAGGAUGAGGAUGAGGCAAGAGUGAAGACGGCCGCGUCCUCCCCACGGGCCCCGCACGGCCUCAUGGGGCUCGUCACCCCAGCCUCCAGCCCCCUGGGCACCGGCCCCAGACCCCGGCCGGCCAGCCCCAGCCUGUGGGCCUCCCAGGAGGGCGGGAGUGGCGGGGCCCCGGGGGACUGGGACAGCGCCUGCGAGGAGGGCGUGUCCCCGCUGGGCCCCGGCGAGCUGGACCUGGAGCAGAUCGAGAACAACUGACCGCGGCGGGGGUCUGGGGAGACGGGAAGCGGGUCCUGUAGUUUGAAUGUUGGGGUCGUUCUGAUCAGUCUUUCCUAAAGGAGUAUUUUGCAUUAUUCUGGCUUUUACAGUUCUGGAGAAAGGUCUCUAUUUUGAAAUGCAUUUUCAGAGGGCAUUCUGUUACCCGGGUUCUGGGUACACACCCCAGGGCAGGCUGGUUCCUCGGUAAACGCCUGCGGUGAAGGGCGCUGUGCGUCCUGUAGUUACGAGGCCUGGGCGCUGCUUGGGGCAGGACCCACGCUCUGCGGCCUGACUCCUGGCCGGCGUGGGACACGGUCCUGGCGCACCUGGUCUGUGACUUCAAUAAAAGACGUUUGCUUUGCA